ACGGAUGUAGAAGCGAACAAAUCUGCCUUUUCCAAAAUGUUCAUGCAUUGUACUUUUGUUUGUGCAAUAGUUUUUAAAAUUUUACCAAUAACUGCUACUGAUGGAGAUGUUCCUAAUAAAGCUGAAUUUAACAAAACAUACUCAGCUAUCAUCAAUACAACCACUGAAGCCAUCUAUGAAUUUUCUUAUAAGGAAAUGAAAAAUAGGACAACUGCUGUGAGAGUUACCACUGCCGUUUUGUCUGAUUACACGAAGGAAUUCCCUGUCAUUGUUGUGAUUCGACAGCAGCGCCAAACCAUGUCUUGGACAAUGCCACUUUAUCUGGAAUACAAUGAGAAUGCGACUCCAUUUGAAACUGUCAGUCGUAUACUAUGUCCUCUGGAUGUCAGCCAUCGACCAGAUAAACCAGAGGAUGAGAGUUUCUUUGUGGACGUGUCAACAUUUAGUAAAACUCCAUUAAAUUUUACCCUAAGGGCUACAAAAAUUGAAGAUUUUCAAGUCAGCACUGGUACCCCUAAGGAGAUCUACAUCACCCCAUCAGAGCCCCAGUACUAUAUGUAUACCUUCCCAGUGGGUGUGGACUCAGUGCUGGUACAUGCUACAUCAAAUGAUGAGAGAUGUGCUGUGAUGUCCAUACAGUCUAUACAGUGUCCUGUUUAUGAUCUAAAUGUUAAUGUGGAAUUUGAAGGAGCAUACCAAACUAUGACCAAACAGGCUGCUAUUCAGAUAGAGAGAACGGAUUAUCCAGGAAAUGCUUUCUAUGUCAUUUUUGUUCUGAAACCAUUAGACAAAGUCUGUUCUUCAGAACUUGAAACAAUUUUACCAGCGGGGUUCAAACGAGAGAAGAAUAUAACGCUGGAAAUUAAGACAACCAUUAGUAGUGACAAAUACUACUGGGGAAUGCUGUUUGCUAUAUCUCUCUUUGGAUCCUUUUACGUGUUAGCUUUCUGUAUCGGAUGUUUUUAUCAUGGAUGUUCAAAACACAGAGGAAUAUGGAUGAUUCCUGAGUCUCCAGACCAAAAGUCAGAAAGUAUGGACAAUCCAGCAAGACCUCUGAAUACAAGGACUGGUUCUUCAACAUAUGGAUCUAUUCAUAAUCAAGAUGCUGAUGAUGAUCACAAUGACUUGCUGAGCACCACAGUUAAAACUGCUGAUACAUCAUCUGCCCUGCCCACUACCAGGAAUACUAGAAGUACAAACGCGGCAGACAACAUGUCCAUCAGUUCUCUGGAUUCAGACGACAUUGAUUUCCUCAAAGAUGCGGACUUAGAAAAAGAUGUCUUUAGGACAAAAACUGAGUUAUUUGUUUGUGAUUUGUCAAGAAAGAAAUACAAAAAACAAGCAAGAAAUUAUGCUAUAUAUUGGAGAAACUUGGUUGCAAUAUCUAUAUUCUAUGGACUUCCUGUACUGCAGUUAGUAUUCACUUACCAAAAGGUAUUAAAUGUGACAGGAAAUCUAGACAUCUGCUACUACAAUUUUAAUUGUGCUCACCCAUGGGGUCUUGUCAGUUCAUUCAACAACAUCUUCAGCAAUAUUGGAUAUGUCUCUCUGGGCCUCCUGUUCUUGUUUCUGGUGUACAGAAGAAAGCUGAUAUAUGGGCUGGCAGUACAACAAGAUAAAUCUAUAAGAAGGAGCUGGGGAUCCCAACAUUUUGGCCUAUUCUUUGCCAUGGGCUUAGCCCUCAUCAUAGGGGGUCUGUUAUAAACAUUAUAUCAUGUCUGUCCAAACUACUCCAACUUUCAGUUUGACACGUUUAUGUACAUCAUUGCUUGCUUAUGCAUGCUGAAGAUUUACCAGACAAGACACCCUGAUGUCAGCGCCAAAGCCCACACCUCCUAUCUUCUCAUGGCAUUUGUCAUAUUCAUAGCUGUCAUUGGAGUAAUAUAUGGGACCAAUAUAUUUUGGAUUUUCUUUGCCUGUGUAUACAUGUUGUUCUAUUUAGUUCUUAGUAUUCAAAUCUACUUCAUUGGAAGAUGGAGAGUAGAUAAAGGAAUUUUUAGAAGAGUGUAUAUGGUAUGUCGAUAUGACAUGUUGAGAUGUAAGAGACCAAUGUAUCCAGAUAGAAUGAUUUUAUUGGUGUUUGGAAAUAUCAUCAACUGGGUAAUUGCAGUUUAUGGAGCUGUGUACCAUUCUCCAGACUUUGCCACUUAUCUGUUGGGAAUCUUCAUUGGAAAUCUUAUGAUUUAUUGUACAUUCUACAUUAUAAUGAAGAUGUUUAAGUCCUUUGGAAAAUUGUUCGGAAGGAAGCGCUCGAGUAAAAAGGGGCGGAAAAGUACGACAGAUUCUUCGGAGACCAGGGACGACAGUAAUGAAUCAGAUAGUAGACUUGUGGCCUGCCGCGUUGCUAAGACCCCAGUGCAUGAUGAUGCUGUGGUUCACCUUUCCCCUGUACAACCAGGCCUCUGUUUAUCAUGCAGUAAAGAUAAGACAGUAGCCCUUUAUGAUUAUGAAAACCACAAUUUAAUAGACAGAUGGACAGGUCAUGAAAGGGAGCUAACAAAGAUUCGGAAUGGUAAAACAAGCAACAACAUAUUCAGUGCAUCAAGAGAUAAGUCCAUUAAAAUGUGGAGGAGUGGGAAUCCGAACUGUUUACAGGAAUUCAAUGGCCAUGACCUUGUUGUGACUGCCAUUGAUUUGAACCAUGAUGAUUCCUGGUUGUGCAGUGGAUCUAGAGACAAUCAUGUGAAGAUCUGGGAUGUAAACACUGCUCAGUGUCUCUUACAGAGUAAUAUCCACCGAAACCUAGUGACAGAUGUGAAGUUUGUACCAGGCACACAUUUACUGGUUCAGACUGGAGAAGACAAAGAAGUCAGGUUAUUUGACACAAGAACCCUUCAAGUUGUUCACAGUUUUCCCAGGAAGCAUUAUAUUCAGAUGGCAUGUGAUGUCAGUCCAGAUGGAUUGUACUGUGUCACAUGCAGCAAUGGUUUUGGUGGCAAAGGUUGUGAGGCCACGUUAUGGGAUUUACGAGGGAGGAGUAUAGUUCAUGAAUAUAGGGACCACGGUGAAGCUGUGGAAUCUUGCAUUUUCUUGCCGUCCAUUGAUGGAAAAAAGAUCAUAGCUACCACCUCAAGGGACACCACCAUUAGACUGUGGGAUAUGAACACCAAAGAGUGUCUGACCUGUUUCCCUGUUGCUGGAUCUGGUCCACUGACCUCCAUUAUCUGUUACGAUGAUCUCAGUUUAUGUGUGUCCAGUUUUAACUCUGGCAUCAUCUCACUCCAGAUGUCUCCAGACGAUUUCUCUCUGCACCAGACAGGACAGUUUUAACACCAAAAGUCUUAGAUUUAUAGAGUUUAAAAAUCUUCAAAAUACAGCAUUACCAGACAAAUGCUUUAUGCAGUCAAGACUUUGUUCCUUAAAUCAUUUCACAUUCUAGACAAUUUCUGUAGAAAAA